AUGUCAGACACACGCGGUGUCUUGAGCCAGCGAACAACACAAGUAUCCCGAGAGGGUAUAUUGCAGCAGCCGCCUGUGUCUGCUGCAGCAGCCGCCUGUGUCUGCUGCAGCAGCCGCCUGUGUCUGCUGCAGCAGCCGCCUGUGUCUGCUGCAGCAGCCGUCUGUGUCUGCUGCAGCAGCCGUCUGUGUCUGCUGCAGCAGCCGCCUGUGUCUGCUGCAGCAGCCGCCUGUGUCUGCUGCAGCAGCCGUCUGUGUCUGCUGCAGCAGCCGUCUGUGUCUGCUGCAGCAGCCGCCUGUGUCUGCUGCAGCAGCCGCCUGUGUCUGCUGCAGCAGCCGCCUGUGUCUGCUGCAGCAGCCGCCUGUGUCUGCUUCAGCAGUCGCCUAGCUGUGUCUGCUUCAGCAGCCGCCUGUGUCUGCUGCAGCAGCCGCCUGUGUCUGCUGCAGCAGCCGCCUGUGUCUGCUGCAGCAGACACCUGUGUCUGCUUCAGCAGCCGCCUGUGUCUGCUGCAGCAGCCGCCUGUGUCUGCUGCAGCAGUCGCCUGUGUCUGCUUCAGCAGUCGCCUGUGUCUGCUUCAGCAGCCGCCUGUGUCUGCUGCAGCAGCCGCCUGUGUCUGCUGCAGCAGCCGCCUGUGUCUGCUGCAGCCGCCUGUGUCUGCUGCAGCAGCCGCCUGUGUCUGCUUCAGCAGCCGCCUGUGUCUGCUGCAGCAGCCGCCUGUGUCUGCUGCAGCAGCCGCCUGUGUCUGCUGCAGCAGCCGCCUGUGUCUGCUGCAGCCGCCUGUGUCUGCUGCAGCAGCUGCCUGUGUCUGCUGCAGCAGCCGCCUGUGUCUGCUUCAGAAGCCGCGUGUGUCUGCUGCAGCAGCCGCCUAUGUCUGCUUCAGCAGCCGCCUGUGUCUGCUGCAGCAGCCGCCUGUGUCUGCUGCAGCAGCCGCCUGUGUCUGCUGCAGCAGCCGCCCAGUGUCUUCUUCAGCAGCCGCCUGUGUCUGCUUCAGCAGCCGCCUGUGUCUGCUGCAGCAGCCGCCUGUGUCUGCUGCAGCAGCCGCCUGUGUCUGCUGCAGCAGCCGCCUGUGUCUGCUUCAGCAGCCGCCUGUGUCUGCUUCAGCAGCCGCCUGUGUCUGCUGCAGCAGCCGCCUGUGUCUGCUGCAGCAGCCGCCUGUGUCUGCUGCCUAA